AUGAAGACGUUCGUGCUGGUGAGCUGUUGUUUGGUCCUCGCUUCUGCCCGACCGGAAGCAGGAUACUCAUACAAUCGUCCAUCAACUGGCGGCGGCGGCGGCGGUGGCUACUCCUCCGGUGGAUCCUUCACUUCCGGUGGCGGUAGUUCCGGGUUCGGCGGCGGUAGUUACAGCGGCGGUGGUGGCGGAGGCGGCGGCUACUCGUCCGGAGCCGGUGCCAGCUUCGGAGGCAGUGCGAGCGCUUUCGGAGGAUCCUCGUUUAGCUCCAGCGGAGCCAGCAGCUUCGGCGGCGGCGGCGGCUUCGGCGGCGGCGGCGGUGGCUUCGGCGGUGGUUCGCAGCAGGCCAUCAUCCAGAAGCACAUCUACGUGCACGUCCCACCCCCGGAGCCGGAGGAGGUGCGGGUGCAGCGCCCGAUUCAGCUGGCGGCGCCCCAGAAGCACUACAAGAUCAUCUUCAUCAAGGCCCCGUCGGCCCCGUCCUACCAGGCGCCCCAGGUGCCGCUGCAGCCGCAGAACGAGGAGAAAACGCUGGUGUACGUGCUGGUGAAGAAGCCGGACGAGCAGCAGGACAUCGUCAUCCCGACGCCCGCGCCCACGCAGCCCAGCAAGCCGGAGGUGUACUUCAUCAAGUACAAGACGCAGAAGGAAUCGGCGGGCGUCGGCGGCGGCUCGGCCGGCGGCUACUCGAGCGCGGCCGCCUUCGGCGGCGCCGGCCUCGACCUUGGCGGCGGCGGCCACGGCGGCGCUGACCUGGGCGGCGGCCACGGCGGAUCCGUCGUGUCGGCCCCGGCCGCCCAGUACGGCCCGCCCGGCAAGUCCGGCCCGUACUAG